AUGUCUGGGCCGUCGGCGGCGGCGUCGUCGCCGCCGCCCGUGGCGUGCGAGCCAUGCGGCCGCCCCCACAGCGGCGUUCAGCGCCGUUGUGAACGCUUGACGGACUCCUGCCAGCGAUGCUCGGAGUAUUUUUGUCUGAUGCAGCCCGUGCGGGCGACGGAGCCGGGCGGGCGGGAGCAAGAGCAGCACUGGCAGACCGAGUGCCGGCGGGAUGCCGCGCGCAGUGCUCCCCCGCCGCCCCCCGCCCUGGUGGAGCCAGGCCUCCCGGGAUGGCGGCGGCCGACGCCGAUCCGCCGGGCUCCAUCCCAGAUCUCCGACGUCCCGAGGUGUUCAGUGCGGGCGGUUUCCCGCGAUCGCGGCCUCCGGGGCGCAUCGGGCCCCAGGGCCACCAGAAGUUGA